AUGCCCUUCGCCAGAGCUGCUUCCAUUCGCUCCGCCCUCCGAGUUUCGGCGCGCCGAACCAUUCGUCCCCAGUUCCGCCCUCAGGUCGCCCAAAGGACCUACGCCAGCCAACAUGGCGCGAAGCCCCAGAGCGAGCUUCCUCUCGCCAUUGGUUCUCUAACCUUCUUCCUUGCCGGUCUUGCUGUCAUUCAGCCCUGGAACAGCCCGUCUUCCAAUGGUCACGGCGCCCACGCCGAGCACAAGGAGGAGAAGCACGAGGAGCCCGAGCAGGCCGAGGAGUCCAAGGAAGAGGAGAAAAAGGACGACAAGCCUGAGGAGAAGCCCGAGGAGAAGGAAGAGUCCAAGGACGAGGAGUCCGAAAAGUCCGAAAAGUCCGAAUCUGAAGAGAAACCUGAGGAGUCAAAGGAGGAACCCAAGAACGACUCCAAGGCUGAGAAGGACGAAAAGUCCGAGGACCAGCCCGAGUCCAAGGAGGACAAAAAGUCAGACGACGAUUCCAAGAAAGAGGAGACCGAGUCGGAAGACAAGAAGGAGGAGAAGGAGGAGAAGUCUGAUGAGAAAUCCGACGAGAAGAAGGAAGAACCCAAGGCUGAGUCCAAGUCUGACGAGAAGAAGGACAACUGA